AUACAGCAAAUUUUAAAUAACUAUUCGAAAAAAAGGAUCAACACCAUAGAGAAGAAAAAAAAAGGGUUUGAAAGUUCUUCAGUAUUCUCAGAAUUUACAACCAUGGCUGCUGAAUCUCCUACUUCUGUUCGUAAAGUGGUUGUUCACCUCAGAGCCACCGGUGAUGCUCCUAUUCUCAAACAAUCCAAAUUCAAGAUCGCUGGAACUGAUAAGUUUGCCAAAGUGAUAGAGUUUCUUCGCAGACAGCUCCAUAGGGAGACAUUGUUUGUAUAUGUCAACAGUGCUUUUUCACCAAACCCUGAUGAGCUGGUUGUUGAUUUGUAUAAUAAUUUUGGUUUUGAUGGAAAACUGGUUGUCAACUACGCAUGUUCUAUGGCAUGGGGCUAACACUAAAUGGAGGUUGCUGAUUGAUAUUGAUAUACUUGCUCUACUCAUUUCAAAUUGUGAAUACAUCAAACUCAAGACUUCAAUUGCAUACAACCAAACUACACUAUUUCUUAUGAACUUGAAGGUUUCUCCGACAAGAUAGAAACGGAACAAAAACUGACACGGUACUCUUGUUAAUUUUCUGGUUUGAAAUACCUUUUAGGACUGUAUUUACAUAUUGGAAUCACCCUUUUAAUUUUAUUCAUUCAUGUCAAUAUAGUUAUGUUAUGGAUGUUGAUAGCGUAUGGACUCAUAUGCUUGUUGAAAUGAUAAUCUUUAUAAAUCUUUAGCCAAUAAUUUUAUUGAA